AUGGUCAACCCCCUAGAUCUCCCCGAGACCCUACAGUCCGCCUCCAUCAACCCGGACCCUUCCCCGUCCCACGACCUCAAUCCCUCAACCGCCGCCUCGGAAAAGGAGCCCGUGGCUGAGGUUGAGGAGACUCCCUCGGAGCCAGACAGCAUCCCAUCGGACAUUGUCGACCCGCGUCGCUCCAUCCAGCCUGUUUCGCGUCGUCACAACCUCCCCCCGUUGCCCGAUCUCCGCUUCGAACAGAGCUACCUCGCCAGCAUCCGCGACGCCGAUACCUAUGGCCGAGUGGCAUGGAUCACGGUCCUGCUCCCAUUGAUCCAAGGCACGGUCUGGACUCUCGCGCUUUCCGGCUGGCGGUUCUGGAACCGCAAUGCCUCCCUCAGCGGACAGACCCUAGGCAGCCGAAUCCGACGAUGGUGGUAUGAAACGAACAACUGGAAGCUCCCGUCCCUGGCUCUCCCAUCAUCAAAGGAUCCUCAUUUUGCGGCGCGAACGGAAGACUUCUACACGGCGCAAUUCGCAAAUGCCGGUUCGGAUUAG